AUGUCAUUUUUCGACGAUGACGAUGAUGAUCCCCUUUCACCUUGUUCACAUCGAACAGGAGAAGCAUCUUCAUCUAGGCAACGAGAACCAAGCUUGACUAGUAACACAUCGUUUAUGGAUAGAUUACGUUCUACUUCUACUGUAUCUUCACCUCCUCCACUCGGUCAAGGUCAAGGUCAAGUUCACGGUCACGGUCGACGUCGAAAUGAAGAAGAUGAUAUUGAUAGAUCAAGAGCUAGUGCUUCUAUAUUUGAUGAGUCAUCUAUAUCAGGCUACGGAUAUAGUGGAUUGGACGAGAGUAUAAACGGAGAGAGAGGUAUUGAUGAUGAAAGGAUGGAAGGUUCAGAAUUGGGCUUGGACGUGGACUUGGACUUGGAUCUAGAUAUGGAGGAAUUGGAUGAUGUGAAGAAAUUAGGUAAAAUAUGGACUAGAGAAAGAGGGACUGUCGAAUUAGGGAAUUGGGAAGGCGAUUUGAUUGAUGGGAUAUUUGAUAAACUUGAACAACAACAAAAAAUGGUCAAUACCCUAAGAUCAGAUCCACAAACUUCGGAAGAAGAACAUUUCAAGUUGAUGUUGGUCCAAACUGAAAUGGAAAGAGUGAAAUAUCUCGUUAGAUCAUACGUUAGAACGAGGUUGCACAAGAUCGAAAAGUUUACUUAUCAUAUAACGCUCACACCUGAGAUACAUCAUUUGCUAUCAGGUGCAGAAUUAUCACAUGCCAAGCGAUAUACGGAACUCUUACAUACACAUUUUCAACAUUCAGUCCUUGAUUCCUUACCUGUAUGGUUAAGGAAAAUGGAUGAUGCUUACGGUGAUGGUUUAUCAAUGGUCACUAAGCCAAAUCGGAAUGUACCAGUCCUGAUAUACUGUAGAAAAGAUUGUGGUGAGAUAACACUAGAAGGAGGCGAACGAGCAGCUUUAGCAAGGGGAACAACCCAUCUUGUGAAAUUUAAGCUGGUUGAUAGAUGGAUCAGUUUAGGUUGGGCAGAGGUUUUGUGA